AUGGGCGAAGGGGAAAUGGAGAUGAAGACCUGCUUGACCAGAAUGAUUAGCAUUCCCAUGGGCGUCUCGGUGUUCCCCAAGGAUCCCAUGUACGCUCAGCAAUGGUGGGCAGAGGCUGCGGUGGGGAAGAAGAUUGUCUUCUGGAAAGAGCACGAGAAGGGCGGUCACUUUGCUUCAGUUGAGAAGCCGGUGCAACUGAUUGAAGAUAUUCGCAGCUUCACGAAAGCAUCGAAAUUGAGUGGUAAAAUGAUUCGGGGGUCCUAA